UGGUGGCCAGCGUGGGGUGAGCGGUGCGGGAGCAGCUCUGGGGACCGGGAGAAGCCGCGGCCAUGUCGGAACGGAAAGUGCUGAACAAAUAUUACCCCCCAGACUUUGAUCCUGCCAAGAUCCCCAAGCUGAGGCUCCCAAAGGACCGGCAGUACGUGGUGAGGCUCAUGGCCCCCUUCAACAUGAGGUGCAGGACGUGUGGGGAGUACAUCUACAAGGGCAAGAAGUUCAACGGCCGCAAGGAGACGGUGCAGAACGAGUCCUACCUGGGGCUGCCCAUCUUCCGCUUCUACAUCAAGUGCCCGCGCUGCCUGGCUGAGAUCACCUUCAAGACAGACCCCCAGAACACGGAUUACGCCAUGGAGCACGGCGCCACCAGGAACUUCCAGGCACAGAAGCUCCUGGAGGAGGAAGAGAAGAGGAUGCAGAAGGAGAGGGAAGAGGAGGAGCUCAACAAUCCCAUGAAGGUCCUGGAGAACCGAACCAAGGACUCCAAGCUGGAGAUGGAGGUCCUGGAGAACCUGCAGGAGCUGAAGGAGCUCAACCAGCGCCAGGCCAACGUGGAUUUUGAAGCCAUGCUGAAGCAGCACAAGGAGGUGGAGGAGGAGCAGAAGCGCAAGGAGCAGGAGGAGGAUGAGCAGGAGAUGAAGGUCAUGUUGGAACAGUCCCAGAGCCGCCGGCUCCUGGUGGAUUCUGGCUCUGAUGACGAACCAACAAAACACUGUCCCAAUCCCACAACUCAAUCAAAACCCAGGGACAUCCUGCAGGAGGACACCCAGAGCAAGAGGCUGAGGAUGGAGAGCUGGGAGUGCAGCUUGGGCAAGCUCAGCACCAGGGCCCAGCUGGCCGGGCUGGUGGCCUGCAGGAAGGAGAAGCCACAUCCCGCCCUGGAUAAAGGGAUGGAAACCCGAGGCACCAUGGCCACCACCAGCUCACUUCCAGCAGCAGCAGCAGCCAUGUCCUCACUGCGUUUGCUGGGAGCCUACUGGGACAGCGAGGACAGUGACUGAGGGGCCAGCAGAGUGGGGACAGAGAAGGGACAGGGCUGUCCCCGCUCCCUGCUGCUCCUGGAGCCCCAUACGGAGCAGAUCCCACCUUUGCACAGACUGGAGGCUCCUCCAGUCCCUCACUGCGGGGACAGGGCUGUCCUGCCAUCACCAGCCCCCUAGAUGUCCCCAGGAGCUCAGGGACACACCCCUCCCUGCUGUUCCGUGCUUGCUGGACUUCAGCAGCCACAACACUAGGAUAAAUGGGAUCUGGCAAAAAAA